CGAGCGUCAGAGGGAGGGGCUGCUACAGCUGCGGGAAUGUUCCGUCAUUGAGUGGGAAGGGUAUAAAAGGGGUGGCUGGUGGAGGGGAGAGGCAGUCUUCAUCCCACCCCCUCCCACUUCUCAUCGCAUCCAACUUUGAUACUGCCACUAUGCCCGUCGCCCACAUCAUCACGUUCAAGUUGAAGGAGGACGUCGAUCUCCCAGCGGCGCGCAAGUUGUUCGAGCGCGUGUACGAGUUCAAGGAAAUAUGCAAAAAGCCCGACGGCACGACGUACGUCAAGGCGAUACGUGGCGGCAAACAGGUCACAGAGGGUCUUCUUGGGCAGCUCGCCAAGGGCUGGGAGUACGCGUUCCUAUUCGCGUUCGAGUUUACGACCGACCUGGAGUAUUUCCUCCUCAAGGAUCCUGAGCACCAGAAGUUCGCGGCAGACUUCCGGCCGCUCCUGGCGGACGCGAUCGCGUUGACAUUCGAAGAUCGGGCGUUUGAGUGAUCGAGGAUACAUGGUCAGGGAUGGCAUGCGAAAGCUUCUCGCGUACGACGUCCAGGAUAUACAAAGUCAAUAUUAUGAGCAGUGCGAAGGUCACUUCAUACUACCAUCUGUCGCAAUUGACGCUGAGUCAUGGGGGCCUCACAAAUUUACACAAGAAAUAUCGAGAUGG